AUGGCUCCUCUUUUGAACACCCUUGCCGCUCUGGCCCUGGGUGCUGGUGUUGCCCAAGCCCAACUCUGGGACAAGGUUAUUCAAACCUCCUAUGGUCCCGUUGAAGGCUACCAAUACUUCAACCAGUCGACCUUGGACAAGUACUUUGACGGCGCCGAAUCGAACGUCGCCGCUUUCCUGGGCAUCCCUUUCGCUGCUGAUACCGGAUAUCAGAACCGAUGGAAGGCACCUCAGCCCCGUGAAAAGUGGAACGGGACUCUGAAAGCUACCAAGUUUGGUCCUGCCUGUCCCACCUCCUCUCAGUCCUAUAUCAGCGAGGAUUGUCUGAGCCUCAACAUCUGGACCAACGCUAAGACGGCCAGCGACAAACUCCCCAUCAUUGUUUGGAACCAGGGCUCUGACGAGACCAGUGAUAAUCCUUGGUACUAUGGUGGUGGUAUGGCAUUGAAGGAUGUCAUCCUGGUCAGCUUCAACCGUCGUGAUGAUGCGUUUGGCUAUCUCGCUACCCCGGAGCUCAAUGAAGAAGGUUACCAGGCCACUGGCCAUCAAACCUCUGGAAACUACGGUAUCCUGGACCAGCUGGAAGUCCUUAAGUGGGUUCAGAAGAACAUCGCUCGAUUUGGUGGUGAUCCUGAUCGUGUCACUGUUGCCGGUCAAUCCUUCGGUUCCUCUCAAGUCUACCAUGCGGUCAACAGCCCUCUGUUCACUGGGUACUUCCACGGCGGCAUCUCCCAGUCCGGUAUCAGAUACCCCUACGACACCAUGCUCGCGGGCCUUGCCACUUCGUAUGUCAACAUGUCCACCGCCAUCUCGAACAGUGCCGCCUACGUCAAGUCUCACAACGUUUCCACAAUCGCGGAAAUGCGUACCCUCUCCAUGGAAAGCUUGAUCGAAGGCGCCUCGGACCGAGUCACCAACAGCUCUAUCUGGUGGGUCACCGCGCUCUCUGCCGGCUAUCCUCUGAUCUUCAAGCCCGUUCUUGACGACUACGUGCUGCCCUCUACAUACAUCGAGACGUUGAUCAACGGCCCUGCCAACGAUGUCCCCGUCAUCACCGGUAACACGAAAGAUGAAUCCGGCGCCUCCCCCAGUACCGACUACACCGUCGCCGAAUACGAGUACUACUGCGGACUCAAGUAUGGUAACUUAUCCACCGAGUACUUCAAGCUCUACCCAGACCACAAGAACAGCACGAUCGCCUCUCGCGCCUGGAAUGCCGCCGCGCGCGAUCUCUCGCUCAUUAGAUCUUGGGCCUAUGCGACAGACUGGUACAAGUCUGCCACUUCAGACUUCUACACUUAUUACUGGACUCACGCGCCCCCGGGCCAGGACCAAGGUGCUUUCCACCAGUCUGAGAUCAUGUAUGCGCUCAAUGCUCUGUACGCUAAUGGCGAGACCUAUCCCUUUACCGAGGUCGAUUAUGAGAUCCAGGAGCACAUGUCUGCGUACUGGGCCAAUUUCGCCAAGACCCUCAACCCUAACAAUGGUGGCUCUUACAAUGGAAGCAAGACUUUGCCGCGCUGGAGUCCGAACAGUGCCAACGGUACUCAGGUCGUUAUGGAGCUGGGCAAUCAGUUCAAGAAUGUGCCUAUUGCUAAGCCCCGACAGGUGAAGUUUAUGAUGGAUUACUUCCAUCAGCAGGUGCCUUACUAG